CGUUGGGCAUGCGCGGUAGGGUCACAUAAUGUUCUUCUGGAAGUCACUAGAGAUGAAAAGAUAAUGCAGUGAAGUGCUGCCAAAGCUAAUCCAAUUUAGACGCUUUUUCUAUUCGCUCAUAUAAUGUAUUAAUGGACCCCGUCCAGAAUGCCGAAAUCGAUCUUGUCGAACGCCAAGACCAAUUAAGCAACACCCUCUCACAAUUACAGCGAGGGCACUGUUGCCCAUAAUCGAUAACGACCGCCUUUGUUUACCUUCUACAAUCGAUUAAUUUCCUUUGGACCAACAUUACACGCUCAACUGGCCGAAGACUUUGAGUUAACAAAAGGAUUGCUCUUCAAGUAACGUCUUGCCGACACUGGAGUUUUUUAAAUUUACAAUGGUUUUCCUCCUGCAAUAUCCAUCAUCGAUUUUUCCCGUUGGUUCUAAUGCUCUCGGAGUUUAUAAAAAGGGGAAAAGAAAACGGUUAAUCGACUCCUACUUCGAUAUUGGGGCAAAUUGUGAUUCGCGGCACUGAGCAACAAAGAAACACAAGCACACGCUAUUCGAUUCCAACUGCCAGUCAAGCUGCUGAUUGAACUCAUAAGCUCCUUCCAUGAAUAACGAGUGUAUGAUUUAGAGAUUCUUACAGACACCGCCAACCAAGUUGGUAGCCGGGAGAGUAAACUAACUGGAGAGCCCCCUCACAAAGAGAUACUCCAUCGUGAUCGUCGUGAGAUAAUCAAACCUUCGAGUAAAUAUCAGUGACGCACGGGGGGAGUGUCAGUCAUACCGUCGCCAUUUACCAGUGAGCAUUCGACGGUAGCUUACCUCGCUAGGGACGGCGGAGCGCAAGUGAGAUACGCUGCUGACUGGUUUCCCCGACACGGCUAUCGAUGCGCUAAUUGGCGCAGACGAUGAAUCCGUACUGACGUCGUCUGCUGCUAAGUCCUACCAUGGUCCUACCAUGUGUUCCAAGCUCCAUGGUUCUAGGUUCCCGGAUAUAACAGCGAACGACAUCGCCGUCUAGCUGACAUUACUUUCCAUUGAGGUGUGUAGAGAACAAGCUUUAAAGGUGAGGCCAGUGCUGCUUCAGACUGCUAGCUGCGAGUUUCACCGAAACCCUUACACCGCUUGCCUCACUUCAUCCUUCGACCCUCUGCCACGGGCAUGGACAACACCUCUCUUCCCGCCACGGUUGUCUCGGAGGGCGUGCCCGGAGAGGGCGGGGAGAACGAAGAUGACGUCGUCUUGCGGACCAUCUCGCCCAUCCUCCUUGGGAUCAUGUCCUCCCUGGCCCUCAUUGGCGUGGUGCUUGCUGUGGCCUUCUUAAUCUUCAACGUCAGAUAUCGCCAGAGCCGCCUCAUAAAAAUGUCAAGUCCAAACCUGAAUAUCCUUAUCGGCGCCGGCGCCAUUUCCAUCUACGCAUGUGUGAUGCUGUUCGGAAUCGACGCAGGAGUUACGUCAUCUAAAGUCGCGCUGGAGGUUCUUUGCAAGGUCCGUGUGUCGCUGAUCACCUUGGGCUUCACGCUGGUCUACGGCUCCAUGUUCAGCAAGGCGUGGCGGGUUUACAGAAUAUUCGCCCACGCGGCUGCCAAGCGGAUGGUGAUUCGAGACGGUCGCCUGAUGAGCAUGGUGGGCGGAUUGCUUGUACUUGACUUCGUGGUGCUAGCGCUGUGGCUGAUUUUGGACCCUCUCAGUGUCAAACUGACAACGAUUCAAACAGCUGUUGAGGAGGGCAAAACCUCGUUACCACGGGAGGGCGUCCACGUCUGUCAGUCGCAGUACACGGAGGUGUGGAUGACCGUCCUAUUCGCCGCCAAGGCGCUCAUUCUGCUGCUGGGGACGUACCUGUCCUGGGAGACACGCAACAUCACCGUGCCCUCCAUGAACGACGCCAAGUGUAUCGUGGUCAGCGUCUACACCUGCGUCAUCCUAGUCGCCAUGGUGACGGCGCUGAUGACGAUGCUGGAGGCAUGGCCAAAUGCCUGGUACUGCUGCCUGUCGGUGGUCAUGCUGAUCUGCCCGACAGAGUUACUGCUUUUGCAGUACAUCCCAAAGAUAAGGGCAUGGCGCAAGAACCCCGAGGCAAGCUACAGCAUGUCCCGUUCCCUGACCACAUCCUACCUGGCAACAGCACGGCAACGCUCUUUGGCCGAGGUGGAAGAGGAACUCUUUCUCCUCUCCAAGGAGAAUGCAUCCUUGAAGAGGUCACUGUCAGAGAGGAACACCACCAUCAAAGCUCUCCAUGAGCAUGUAGGAGCAGCCAAGGAGAAGCUACGACUCCUCUCUGUGGAUGCUGACAUGCGCCAGGACAGCGGCUGUGACUUUGACAUGUCAUCGUCCUCUACCUGCCAUGAGGACGUCGACAACGUAAGGGUGCGUCCCCCGGAUGUGGUGAAGGCCGAGCCGUGUGACGGUGGCGUCAGAGCCAACGAAGGGCCGCCCGAGCAGCAAGACCCGCACAAGCUGUCCCUGAAGUACGCCAACGUAGCCGCGUUGGAGCGCCAGCAACUGAAGCGCCGACACGGCAGAGAAGGCGGAAGCAUACGCAGCAUCGCCAGCCUGUCCUCCCUGAGAUCCGUCAAGGAGUUCGAGGAUCUGCGCGAGUCCAUCGUCAAAGAGCUGCAUCAGGCGGCCGAUCUGUCGAUGAACCUGCGCGAGGCCAUCACGCACGAUCUCCACUCCUGCCGCAGCACCCCAAUGUACAUGGUCAUCGCCAACACCGAGAGGGAACUGGCUGGGGUCCUGAAGGACUCCUACAACCUGGACGGUGACAACAUCUCCCUCUCUAGCAGCACCUUCACGUACGACAACCCUGUCUUCACGCGAAGCCAGCAGCACAGGCGCAGCCUGGGCAGCAUGUGCACCUGCAACAGCCGGCAGUCCAGUUUCAGGUCCCUGGCGGAUCUGGCAAUGGAAUUUUCAGAGACCGACGAUCGGGAUGUUCCUUCGGUCUCAAGAAACAUGCAAUGGCCGCAAUAUAUUCCACCCCAAAUGGAUGGAGAUAGAGAAUUACCUCGUGUGGUCAAGAGCUCAGAGACUGACACCUCCCCUCCAAAAAUGACAAAAAGUGUUUAUCACACUUAUGUAUGAUUCUUGGGAGGUAAUAUGUUGAAAAUGAUUUAUAAAAAUGUGGAUGCACCAUUUUUUCAGCUGAGAUUUUAUCCUACUGAAGCAGUGAUUUUCGCGAUGUUAUCAGGCAUCGGACCCCAACAGGCAGCAACAUCAGGGAACUUAAUGGUUUCCAUUGUAGGAAAUGUUUAUAGCACAAAUCUCGUAACUGUGCAGUGUCAUGUCAAUUAACGGAGCAGUUUAUGAAAUACCGUAAUGACCGUCAUCCGAUUGGUGGGAGGCGGAUCACGUGUCACGUGAAUUAUUUGGCAUUAAUCCUCUGUGGAAUCGUCUAUUAUUCCAAUUGAUUAUACCGUUGUACUGCACCCCGCACUUCGGCUCUUCGCACUCAGAAAUCACGGUAGACACGCAUAUGGUAUGCGCGUUGACGGCUGUUCACACAAACCCACUCAUUUCCCCCCGCAAUCUCACCAGAGCCUGAGAGUUGACCCCCGUUUGUCGCGCUUCCAGGACCCUUGGAUAGGAAACAUAGCGUGCAAAUGGUUCAGAAUGUGCAAUUUCUUUUCGUUCGUUUAGUUCUCAAAUAUCACCUCGGAAACGGUAUUGUUACGAAUACUUGCUAGAAUAUUGAUUUAUAGAAACUGAAAUUUUACCUGACCUGAAAGGAACAUAUCCUGCCAAAAAUUGACGUCUCACUUCCGAAAAUCUAAAACACAUGAAGAACAGUGCAAUUCAGUGUUCUCAUACAAAGAGUAAUAAUUGACGACAUCAAAUUCUAUGGCAGUCAACGUAAAGAUAAAGUGAAAGCAGAUCAAAAUAAGGAAGGCCUAUAAGUAUCUUUACAAUUGAUAAGGAAAUAAAAUCGUUUACAACAGAUUCUGCAGUUUAAUGUAAAAUUUGCUGAUAAGAACGGCGUCAGGUAAACUCGACUGGAUCCAGAGCUCAUCGACUGCAGGUCGGUGAAUCUUUGCAGCCUUAUAAUAUCUCGUUUUCACUCAAAGCAGAUGAAGUAAAACGUGCUUCAGCAAGGAGACCUAGGAACGAUAUUGCCGGAAGUUGAAAGGUCGUAAAUAAAAAUUGUUUGGGGCAGUCUCCAGGCAACGUUUCCAAAAUAUUAUUUUAGGAGCACAAUGUCAAAAUUCCGACAUGAGUAUUUCUUAGGGUGGUUUAAGUCUGGAAUCAUUCUAAAUUUAUCGAACGUGGUGGGACAGCUCCAUGUAAAAUCCCCGUACACGGACGGCUCGAGGGUUCCGGAAGUUCGAUCGCUGCGUGACCUAUUACUCUCAGGCUCUAUAAAAGUGAAAAACCCGGAACAUUUUUUUGUCUUCUGUCGGGUGAGAGGCAUUGUGUACACUCUUAAUUAUUGGCUAUGCUUUUUAUUAUACAAAGAAACUAAACUGGCCAUCAAACGAUUAGAGCAAUUGUUUAUGUAUGAACACAGGGCACAACAUGAAAACUGCAUUUUCACUUCAGACAGACGAAGUAGAAAAAGCCACUUGCACAAAUUUUACGAAAUGAGGAUUUAUUCAGGUGUCAUAAUGGAAUGAAUUCUUCACUCAUUGUUUUCUAUGAUAAUAUUUCACAAUUGGGGUACGUGUGCUCCGGCUUGAACGGGGCCAUUGCUUUUGCCUUGUCCAAUUUUCAUAGUUGGCGCAAGUUAUAUUGCCAAUAUUUGGCCUUUAUUUAUUUCAAAUUCUGGAAUAUUUUGAUCGUAAUUAAUCCUACAUGUACUUGCGUGUUUGAUAUCACUAUCCAAAGAGACUCAGCAAUGCGACUUCAGUGUACAGUACUGUAGGAAUCAUUAAUUUCUUGAAAAACAAUGUAUCGGACCGUUUUAAGGCCUUUCUAGGUACAGAUUUUUAAACAAUUGACGGCCGUAGGUAUCACGUGUAGCAGAUUUGUAACUUUCUUGAUCCACUGACUUGGUGUAUACUGCCACCAAUGGAUGCCUGAUGUACAGACAUACAGGUAUUUUUCUACUGCAACCGAGUGACUUUGAAGGCUCCAAUGCAUUUCCCAGGCAAGAGCAACCUUAUUUACUGCUAGACGGUCCAGAGGUGUUUUUAUGUGUAUAUUUAUGAAACGUUUUAUCGUUGAGUUUGACCCAGAUGAGACUGAAUAAAAUAGUCGGCAUAAGAUGAAAACGUGUGUGUAGCUACCUUGUGGGUUCAGGGUUUCAGACUGUCACUUUCUUUGUCUUCAAUCCUGACUUCCAAGAAUCUGUGGUAGGAGUGGAUAAAAAAAUCUGGCUUGGUGGGCUUUGAAAUAACUGACCAGCAUUCCUCGGCAACAGGCCCCGAGCUGGACCAAGAGAGGGCGCGAUUUCGCUUGCAACGGAAGGUCCUCCAGUGGGAACUGAAUCGAGGGUUUUCAAGAACAAUGAAACACAAAUGCUGCUGCAGUCAUAUCGCUACCGAUAUAAUUAACACCCCCUCCAGCAUGGGCCAUGGCUCUUUUCAACCGAUGAAGGGGUGCUUCGCUCAAGGCGGAUAUAACAAGUUGUUCCAUAACUAACCAAGACGACUUUGUCCAGUCAUUUCGACACCCAAGUUUGUGAGAACCAGACGUAUCGUUUUCAAAAGACGCCCAAGACAUGUUGGCUAAAAAUGUCAACUUCACUCAAAUGUGCUGCGCAUAAGGGCCGACACACAUUGAGAGCGUGGACUAUGAUUGCAUGGUCCUAAAAUAACACAGAGCAGAUUAAAGCUCGCUGUUAACAACCCUGUCCGACUGAAUUAAAAUGUCACAGACGUAUUCAUAAUGGAUGCCUUUCCAUAUGUAUUCCAAGUUUCAGAAUGACUGCUUGCUGGAGAGCCAAGGCCCCUUCCCACUGUAGAAAAGGAAAACAAAAAAAUGAAACGAAACAAAAACAAAGAAAAACAAAACAAAACAUGGGUCCUACUUAGUUACACAAAUAAAGGGAAAAAAUCUGUGGUUAAUUUGACCCCAACUCCCUGGGGUGUGUGCAAAAUCAAAUAAAAUCAUUAAAAU